AUGUCCGUCAGACCACCCACCUUCUCAAUAUUCUGGCGCCAAUGCCUACAAAGCCCAAUGCGACAUGGCUUUCGGAUGAACUCGAAGUCAUGCUUGCGCUACUUCAAUUCUAGUGCGCCACAAUACAAGGCCAAGGGUGUGGCCAGAACCGUCGAUUCCGCGUGGCAGGCCACAAGUCCUUAUGGGAACAAGAACCCCCGCGCCCUUGCGAAGCUACAAGCGAAAGUAUUACAAGUCGGACAAGUGCUUUUGUUCCAGGCACCUUCUCAUCGCCCAUAUAUCUUAACUGCAUAUGGUCUGUCCGCGUUUUGCUUCGCCUAUUCCAUCUACAACUCAAACGCGGUACUCCGGGAUCCUCUGGUUCCCCUUCCAAUGUGGCAGAAAUCUCUAUUUGGUGGUAUCUGUAUCAUGAUGAGCGUUGGAGGCACCUUGUUCAUCUCCCGCACUGGCUCCCUAGUCAGAAAUAUCAGAGCGAUCAACUCUAAUGGCCGUAUGCGCGUCCUCUUCACAGUCCGAAGCAUGGUCCCUUUCAAGAAGCCUUACCAGGUCGAAGUGGCACCGGGUGAUCUCUCGUUCAAGCGCAGAAUCUCGGUCUCUCCGGAAACCAUGAAGCGUUACGAGGAAAGCACCAAACUCGGCCGUGGAUUGGAACAAUGA